GGUAAGUCAUAAGCGUAGAAGCCACAACAAUGCAGUCCAAUCUGUAGAUGUAAAACGAAGUGAAUUUUGAAGCAGCAGGACUUUUUUCUUCGGAUCCAUGGCUGCCAAAGCAAGCUCUGCACCUCUCCCCAAAUCAGGUGCUGUUUCGAAAGGCUACAACUUUGCUUCUACCUGGGAGCAGAAUGCUCCAUUGACAGAGCAACAACAAGUGGCGAUAGUAUCACUCUCUCAUGCAGUUGCGGAGAGACCAUUUCCAAUCAAUGUGUCUCAAGAACAUAUUUCAGGGCAAGAGAAUGGUUUGUCAACUUCUCCGAAGGACAAGACUUUAGAAGACUCGGGAGCUAUUGAAGCAGUUUUGGUCAACACACAUCAGUUUUACAAAUGGUUUACAGAUCUUCAAUCAGCGAUGAAGUCCGAGACAGAGGAGAAGUAUCGCCACUAUGUCAACACAUUGACAGAACGCAUUCAGACAUGUGAUGAUAUCCUUCAUAAGGUGGAUGACACCCUUGAUUUGUUCAAUGAACUACAACUACAACAUCAUGCAGUAGCAACAAAGACUAAAACUUUGCAUGAUGCAUGUGAUCGAUUGUUGAUAGAGAAGCAAAGACUGAUAGAGUUUGCAGAAGCACUUCGCAGUAAGCUUAACUAUUUUGAUGAAUUGGAGAAUGUUGCUACCAAUUUUUACUCUCUGAACAUGAAUGCUGAAAAUGGAAACUUUCUUCCGUUGCUAAAAAGAUUGGAUGAGUGUAUUUCGUAUGUCGAAAGCAAUCCACAGUAUGCUGAAUCAAGUGUUUACUUGGUUAAAUUUCGACAACUUCAGUCUCGAGCAUUGGGAAUGAUUCGGUCUCACGUACUCUCUGUUCUCAAAAGUGCUUCUUCUCAGGUCCAGGCUGUAAUUCGGGGUAGUGGUGGUAGCAAAAUAGCUGUUUCUGAGGGUGUGGAGGCAUCUGUUAUUUAUGUUCGCUUUAAGGCAGCAGCUGGUGAGCUCAAGCCAGUGUUGGAGGAAAUUGAAAGCAGAUCAUCAAGGAAAGAAUAUUCUCUGGUUCUUACAGAGUGCCACAGAUUAUACUGUGAACAGCGCCUUUCCUUGGUACGAGGCAUAGUGCAUCAACGGAUCUCUGAAUUUUCAAAGAAAGAGGCUUUGCCAUCAUUGACUAGAUCUGGAUGUGCGUACUUAAUGCAGGUCUGCCAACUUGAACACCAGCUCUUUGAUCAUUUUUUUCCUUCGUCAUCUGAGGAUGUAUCAAGUUUGGCUCCUUUAAUAGACCCCCUGUGCAUUUAUUUAUAUGAUACACUUCGCCCAAAACUUAUUCAUGAAGCAAAUCUUGAUUUUCUUUGUGAACUUGUUGAUAUUCUUAAAGUUGAAGUCCUGGGAGAACAACUGAGUAGAAGGAGUGAGUCUUUAGCGGGGUUGCGUCCAACAUUAUAUAGAAUUCUAGCAGAUGUUCACGAGAGAUUGACUUUUCGUGCACGAACACAUAUUCGUGAUGAGAUAGCAAACUACAUUCCUUUCGAUGAAGAUUUGGAUUAUCCUGCUAAGUUAGAGAGGUUGCCUGGGACAGUGUCAGGAGCUACUUCAGGUGAUGAAAAUUCUGAUGUAUUUAAAACUUGGUAUCCACCAUUGGAGAAAACUUUGUCAUGUCUGUCAAAGUUGUAUCGAUGCUUAGAACCAGCUGUUUUUACCGGGUUAGCACAGGAAGCAGUUGAAGUUUGCUCAAUAUCCAUCCAGAAAGCGAGCAAACUCAUUGCAAAGAGAUCAUCUCCAAUGGAUGGACAGCUUUUCCUUAUCAAACAUCUGCUUAUCUUAAGGGAGCAGAUUGCACCUUUUGAUAUAGAAUUUUCAGUCACGCAUAAGGAACUCGAUUUCUCUCAUUUGUUGGAGCAUCUGAGACGGAUUCUUAGAGGCCAGGCCUCACUGUUCGACUGGUCAAGAUCAACCUCAUUGGCAAGGACCUUAUCUCCACGAGUUUUGGAGAAUCAAAUAGAUGCAAAAAAGGAACUGGAGAAGAGUCUCAAAACAAAUUGUGAAGAGUUCAUCAUGUCAGUCACAAAGUUAAUUGUAGAUCCGAUGCUUUCAUUUGUCACCAAGGUGACUGCUGUGAAAGUUGCAUUGUCCUCAGGCAGUCAAGAUCAGAAGUCAGACUCCGUUUUAACGAAACCUCUUAAGAAUCAAGCUUUUGCCUCUCAAGAUAAGGUUUCUGAGCUUGUCCAGAAGGUUGGUGCCAGUAUUCAGCAAGAGUUGCCUACAGUGAUGGCAAAGAUGAAACUUUAUCUGCAGAAUCCAUCUACACGAAUAAUUCUUUUCAAACCAAUCAAGACAAAUAUCGUAGAGGCCCACUUGCAAGUGCAAUCCCUGCUAAAGUCCGAAUACUCCCCCGAGGAGAUGCAAAGCAUCGGUAUGGUAUCUAUUCAGGAGUUGCAAAACCAACUGGACAGCCUUCUAUAGAUGUUGUCAAGGUCUAUCUCUCUGCUUUCACCGAUUUCUCUUGUGAUCUUUUUGUGACCCUGAUCUAGGUAUUUGUUUUUGUUUUUAGGAAUUUUCAGUUUUUUUUGUAGAAAAUUUAGGACUUUCUUGCUUAGGUUCCAUAGAUGUUGGGCGCAUAUGCUAACUUGUUUGUUUCUUUCUGAUGAUGAUGUCCAUUACUGGCUAGAUGCAUAAUGUAAAAAUCAAGUCAACUGAAGGUGAAAUGACAUUACAAAUUUUGUUCUUCUACAA